UGUUGUAGUCGAACAAGUGCAAAGUGCAAUGAUGUGGGACUGGAGAGGGAGAGAGGGCCCAGCAUUUCUAACAGUCACUGUCUCGGACGUUGCAACAGCACCAAAGUGCACCCAAAAAGUCAGACCCUUCCUGCUUUGCCUUCCAAACCUGUGUCCCCUCCUCUGAAUCCAGCUCACAUGGAACUCUGCCAUCGUCAUAGUGCCCAUCCUUUAUCUGAGGUACCAUGGGAACGUCCACCCCCUCCCCCACCCCUGCCCUGUCUCCACAGACCAUACUACCCUUACUCUGCCCCUGAACAUGCACACCCACACAGUCUUUCCCUCCCGAUGUCAAACAGACUCUGCAGUGGUGAGGAGUUUCACUUCUUCCAUUAUCCCAACCACAGCCCAUCCACUCAUCUCUCCCACCAGUCACUGCCCUCCAGUCCUUACAGGGAAAUGUUCUUCAGCUCUCCAACACAGUCCUCUGGUUGCCCCUGUCGGGACUGCUCCAACAGGCGAGGCUCAGUCAGAACAUUCCAACCAUUACACCCAGACCAAACAGAGAGCCUACAAUGGUCCCAGGGAGCAGGGGUACAGCAAACAAGAGAGGUGCCCCCACUGUGGGAAAGUGAAAAUCCAUGGGAGGUGGUGAGAGACACAGAGGUCUGGCAGUGCAAAUCAGCCACACCUUCGUUCCAGGUCUGUCACUCUUCUUUGGGUCAGGGCUCAAACCAGGAACAGCCCAGAUUUGUACCUGCAUCUCACCAGAGCUACCAUAGUCCCCAGUCUUUGGUGGAUGUGCGGGAUGGAGCCAGCAGUGGGUACCACACACCUCCACAGCCCCGCCACUCCUGCCCCUGCUCUCCUUAUCAGUCGUCCCCAGCUGAGAGCCACGAGAGCCGGGGUUAUGUCUCAGGAUACCAGUCUGGGUCGGCCUCACCUCUGCCUGCUAAUAGCCCGUCUCCUGGGAGAGUCCAGCUGCCUGAGACUCCCUCUAGAUCCAAAGAACAGCAACACAGUGAAGUGGAAAAAGCCAAAGCUGUUGUGGAGGAUGAUGUAUCCCACGGUUCAGAAGGUAAAUCAGACUCUAACGGUCCAUCAAGUACUCCUGGACUGGACUCUGAUCAUGACUACACACUCAUCGGUAGCAGCAGCCCCACACACACUGAAGAUAGUGUGACUGCUGACAGCCCUCCUCAAAGCCAGGAAAACCACACACAGCUAGAAUCCUGCACAAAUAGCAUCUUGAGUACUGCAACAGCAUCAACAGUCAUACAAACCCAUACUGUCAGCUUAUCUGGAAACACCCCACAGUCAUCAAGUGAGCAGAAUUUGAGUAUGGACAGUAAGACUGGUGCAGCUAAGAAUGCAGGAAAUGCUGAAGGAUCUAACCAGUCACAUGCUUCCCGUUAUGCUGCAGUCAUCAUCCCCCCUGUCCAAAUGCAGCUCAAUGGUUCUGCUCUGCCCAGUGAUACCCCAUCCAUCUGUAGCAGGAAUGUUACCGUUAAUUCUUCAACCAGUCUCAAUUCUAGCCCCUCCACCACAUCCCCAAAUUCUCCUGUUAGCUCCCCAGAGCCUCAGUCGUCUCCACAGCGCUCCCCGAUGGCUACAGACGCAGCAGGGCACAGACUAACUCCUGACAGAGACAGCUCAGCUGACAACAAACCUCCGUCACCUGUGCCAGAUGGAUACAACACACCCACAUUUCCAUUAGCAUCUUAUUACUACCAUUUACUGAACGUCCCUCAUGUCCCAUACACGGGUUACACUGCAGUCACCAUCCCCGCUGUCCAGCCACCACUCCCAGAGAAGAAGCGCCUUUCCUCCACUGCAGGAUCUCAAAAUGGACACAGCUCUCUUCAGAGAGUCUCCUCAGCUCCAGUCCCAGCACACCACGUUACUUUCUCUCCUCCAGCGGGGCAACAGAGACGAGGCUCUGCACAGUCAAACUCCAAAGACGAGGCAGAUAUUCGGGUUAAUGCCAAAUUUGUCCAGGAUAGCUCCAAGUACUGGUACAAAGCAGGCAUCUCCAGAGACCAAGCUAUAGCUGUGUUAAAGGACAAGGAACCUGGAACUUUCCUCAUCAGGGACAGUAACUCCUUUCAGGGGGCGUACGGUCUGGCCCUGAAAGUGGCCACCCCUCCUCCCAAUGCCAAUUCCAGUGGCAGCAAAGAUCCUCUGGAACAGCUGGUGAGACACUUCCUCAUCGAGACCGGCCCACGAGGAGUGAAGAUAAAGGGCUGUCAGAAUGAGUCCUACUUUGGGAGUUUAUCAGCUCUGGUGUAUCAGCAUUCAAUCACUCCCAUCUCUUUACCUUGUGCCCUUCGUAUCCCAGAAAAAGAUCUGGUUGGGGAACUUCAAGAGACGCAGAGUACAACAAGCACCAGCACAGCAGCUGAUCUCCUCAAACAAGGAGCAGCCUGUAACGUGCUUUACUUGAACUCCGUGGAAACCGAGUCUCUGACGGGACCGGAGGCUGUUUCCAAGGCAACUAAGUGCACUUUGGCUCUGAGUCCACGUCCAGUGGCAACAGUGGUUCACUUCAAAGUGUCGUCUCAGGGAAUCACUCUAACGGACAGCAAAAGAAGGCUGUUUUUCAGGAGACACUAUCCGAUUACCAGUGUCACUUUCAGCAGCCUUGACCCGCAAGACAAAAGGUGGACUAAUUCUGGUAGCACAUCCGGCAAGUAAGUGCUUGUGUCUCUGUCUGUUUUUCCUGCCUAGAUGUGAUCAUGACGUAUGCAUCGUGCUACAGUGCAUGGCACUUACAGUGAUUGUGUAUAUAAUGAUUAGGCAGUCAUGACGGUUCCCAUGGGUCCUUGAAAUCCUUGAAAGGUUUUGAAAAUCAGCGGAAAUAGACUUUGGUUUAUGGAAAAUGCU